UCUCUCAUUCGAAAUCUUCAAGUUCUUUUUGCAGUAAUAUUUUGCCCCUGAGUUCGGACCGGGAAGAAUUCGAUUCAUGAAGAAGAGGUUACCAAACGGCCCGGACCACUGAACGCAUUUUUUUCUCCGACUCGGCCUUUCUCUCUCAGUUUUUUUUCACUGAAAUCAAAUUCGCAGCAGCAUUUCGUUAACAAUGCUUCAAUUCUGAUCUACACCGACAAGGCAAUAUACUAAUUGACCGCCAUGGCUCACUGGAUCUCUUCCAAGCUCAAAGUCGCCGAAAAUCUCCUUCAUCAGAUAGAUCAACAAGCAGCUGAUUCACUCCGUAAGAGUGAGAAGCAGCGAUCUGAUGAUAUAGAUCGUGAAAACAUAGCCAAAACUAAUGAAAACAAGCCACUUAAGGAUCAAUUCAAAAAGAAAAGUCUUGAAAAAAAUGAUAUAAUUCAGAAAGCCAAAAGUGAUCGCAAUUCUUCUUCUAUUAGCCUGGAUAAGAAUAAUAGCUUUGGCAGCAAUAGUAAUUAUAAGAUACAUAAGGAAGCGGUGACGCCAGUAGAUUCGAGUCCCAAGUCCAGUCCCAAUGCUCUGACUGAUAAUGAUUGGACUGAAUUACUAAGUGCACCGUGCCCAAAUGCCACUGCUGGGGGGACUACUAGUAGUAAUGGAGUUGGAAGUUCCCGCAGUGGUCGGAAUGAUGGUAGAAAGCAAAGAAGUUUGGGGUCUGGGUCAAAUUUACCAGCUUUGGAUGGGAAAAGGAGCCAUAAACCUCAAAAGGUUGUUAAGAGUGUUAAAGGGCCAAAUACCCAUUCAGAAAAUGAGGCAGACGGUAGAAGGAUAGACAGAAGAGCUAGCAAAGUGGACUAUACAAUGCCGGUGACUUCAAAUGUUGAACUCAAAAUUGAUGGGGAAGGUUUGGGUAAGGGGGACCAUCAUCGAAAACAUGAAAAUGUGAAGUCCUUGCAUGGAAAUAAGGAUGUACAAAAUGAAGUAAAGAAUGAAGGUUUGGACGUUGUUAAGGGUGUAGAUCUGUCUCCGGUGAAUAAUCGUUCUGGAGAUAAGAGCCUUGGCAUUGUACCGGGGUCUUCCACUCUUAAUAAGGAAGUGGACAUGAAGAAUAAACUGGAUGACAAUCAGAGGAAUAGGCCUGCAAAGGCUAUGGUUGACAGACCAAAAUUGGACUCUCGGAGUUCCACUUCUCUGAAGAUGAGCUCUUCUUCACCUAGUAAUGCAGAGUCUGAUUCUGAGACAGAUUCAACAUCUUCAUCAGACUCGGAAAGUGAACGUGAAAGAGAAGAAAGGAGAAGAAGAAGGCAACAGAUCCUGGCUGAAAAAGCAGCCGCAAAAGCAAUGGAAGCUAUAAAAGAACGUGAGAACAAGGUUGCUAAAUUGGAAGGGGAGAAACAGAGCUUAGAAAAAAUACUUGAAGAGCGGGCCAAACAACAAGUUCAAGAGGCUUCUGAGUUACAGACGAAAAUGAUGGAAACAAUGGAAGCUGUUGAGUUGGAGAAACAGAAACAUAAUAGUACUAGAAUGGAAACUCUUGGCCGAUUGGCAAAGCUUGAGACUGUCAAUGCUGAACUUGCAAGGUCUCUCGCUUCUGUUCAAUGGAAUCUUGAAGUAGAGGUUAGUCAGGUUGCUGAACUACGCCAACAAAUUGAGUUAAAAGAAGCGGCUCAUGAAGAAUUAAGAAGGAAGAUAUCUAGGAUACAGGGAAGUGGUGAAAAAUUGGUGGCUUCAAAAGGGAUUGAAGUGGAGAGGGAGAUGCUUGAAGCAGAGCACUCUUUCUUAACAGAUAAAGUGGGAUUGUUGCAAGAAAAGGCAAAGACACUAGAAAGAAGCAUUGCCACGACACAGCAUAAACUGGGAAACCCAACUGCAGUGGAAAUUGAGCUCAGGCGGAGGCUUGGUCAAUUUACCGAUCAUCUGAUUCAAAAACAAGCUCAGGUUGAGGCGCUGUCUUCUGAGAAGGCCACAAUGACAUUUAAAAUUGAGGUACAUUUUUAUCGUUGAAUAAGAUAUUUCAAUUACAAUUUGAAUAGCAGGUAGUUCACAGAGUGCUUCAAUCCAAUUUUUCGCAUCAUAUUUAGGCGGUUUCAAGGUCGUUAGAAGAAAACAAGUCUAUGUUAACUGAUUUUCCCAGUACCUCAACAAUGGGUGAUUUGUUGUCUGGAAUGUGGAUCUCCAACUCAAAGUUGAGGCCUAUGUUUGAAGAAAGAAUGCGAUCAGGCCAGCAACAUUUUGGAUCUCUGAUUCGGCAGUUGGACUCCAUCUUCUGCACCGGAAUGGUGUUUCUUAGAAGGAACUCAAACGCAAAAAAAAUUUCUCUGGUUUACCUCGUCUAACUUCAUCUUUGGGUCAUAUACAUUUUAAUGUCUCAUGCUCCUGUCUCUGAGGACACCACUGGUGCCGCUAUUUCCUUGGAGAAUAUCAACAAAACAGGAGGCAUAUGAUAUCAUUUAUUGAGUGUAUCAUCAUUUUUUUUGUUUUGAGGUCCUUUCAGCAUCCCCACCCUCCUCAGCCAAAAACACAGAUGUAUAGAAAUGCACCAUUUGUUAAACAAGGAAUGUAUAAGUUUUAAAGGUUGAUAUGCAUUUCACGGCAAAUAGAAAUUUCAUUGAUCUAGUUAUGGUUAUAAAUCUUA